UUUCGUAGCGAGCUAGCGUGGAAUCGACGCCCGCUAUUCAGGAUGAGACUGGAGGCUGUUUUGUUAGCUUCAAAGCUAGCGAGGGAGCUAGCUACCACGACAGGAUCUCGUUAGCUGUGUUAGAAAGAUGGCCAUGGUUGCAAGUCAGCAACACUGCCCUGGUCAGAUAUAAAGCCUGACAGCCUGCUAGCCAGCGGCCAUUAGCCAGCAUUGACAUGCUAACGUUACCUGUUUAGCUUUCCCUGAUCCCCUCCAAAACAGCUCAAGAAGCUAACACAGGGCAUGGCAUUUGACAGUAGCUGUUUGAGCCAUGAGUGACUGGUAUUUUUAUUUGUCCGCCGUUUAUUGUCGUUUAGCAGUGGUGUGACUUUAGCCCCCCUGCAAGUGAAAGCUAGCGUUAGCUUCAUGCUUGUCAUGAAGUACGUUAACGUUUAAAACUCAAUUUAGUUUAGGGGCCACAUACAGCCCAAUUUGAUGUCAAAUGGGCCGAUCCAGUGAUACAAUAGCAUACUCAUCUUUAAAAAACGACAACCCCAAAGGCUUCCCUUUGCUUUAAUGCAAAGAAGUGCAUUAUGAAAGUGUUUAAAUUUAAUGAACUGCACUAUUAUAAAACAUGAAAUGAGCAACCAGACAUCUCUUUAGAAAAAUAAGUGCAAUGUCUGCAAAUUCUAGGUCUCAAUGUUGUGUCAUGUGUCUUAUGAACCCUAGGAAUAGUAGUUACUUUUAGUGGACCCUCCGGGCCUAUGUUUGACACCUGUAGUUUAGACCACCUGACUCAUUUAAAAACAUGUGUUGGAGGGGAUAUUAUACUUGGUGAAAGGUAAACGGAUAGAGACAGAUGCUGAUCACAUGGCGGUCGAUUCUUUAUGGCCAGACUCAGCCAUGGAGAGUUCGUCGGUGUACAUGUGCUUCCCCUGCUACCAGGAGUUCAACAGUCUGGAAGAGGUCCUUAAGCACCAGCUGACAUGCACUGCUGAGGUGGAUCAGCCAGUCACACCUGGAACUACUGCCGUCACUGUUCCGAUGCUGCAGACAAGACAACAGUUGGUAAAUGUGUCAAGGACGAUUGCUGUUCCACAGAUUGAAAUCCAAACAGAACACUCCCAGGUCUUGCAGUCGGUUAAGAGUGAACUAAAGCAGGCUGAAGCCAUUGCGGGCAUGCAUUCAGACCAGCCGAGGAUCCUCUACCAAUGCGGAGAUUGCGAUGAACUUUUCAAGAGCCUUGACCUUUGGCAGCAUCACCGUAAACAGGGGAUAUGUCGGGAAUCUCCUUCCCUCGAGAACAAUCCCGAUUCACAACCUGAGCCAGAGACCCCCUCAGACCAGAUUGUAACCACACAAAUAAAUCUGGAUGACGCUACCCUGAGUGAAACCAUAAGGAAUCUUAAAAAAGAACUAGAAGAUCAUCCUGAAGAAGAAAGACAGAUACAAGAUUCUGCAGAGACUAUUUCAUCUCAAAGCGCUGAUCCUUCCGUAUCUGAGGUCGCCUCUGCAGCCUCCAGUCAGGAUGAUUCAUCUACCAGGAGGAGAGGGGCAAACAAAAAGCCUAAGCCUGAACCAUUGCUCUUGUGUGUGGACUGCGGCUCGUGCUUUGGCAUGGUGUCUGAACUCGUGGCCCACCGCAAGACCCAGCAUGGCUUUGAGGAAGCUCUGCACCGCUGCUCCGUGUGUGGGGAAAGCUUUCUAAACACGACCCUGUUCCUCUAUCACCGCAAACAACACAGGCAGAAGGGCGAGGAGAAGGCGGCCGCGGUUCCCGAGGUGACGUCAGAGGAAGUUUGCAGUCAGAGCAACGGCAUGGACGUGCAGGAGCAGGACGCUACGUCUUCCACGACCACCGUCACCGUCCCUUUCGCGCAGCCCGAGUUGUUCAUGUGCACCCACUGUGGGCAGAGCUUCGGCGAGGAGGGAGGCUUGGUCACUCAUCGCAAGCAGAAGCAUAACCUGGAGGAGCCGCUGCACACUUGUUCCCAGUGUGGCGAGAGCUUCAUGAACACCACCCAGUAUCUGUACCAUCGGCAGCAGCAUCGCUUCACAUUAGCGACAGAGGUGGCAGAUGGAGCCGAGACUAGUGAUGAAACAGCCGCCACUAUACCUCAAGACAGCCCACAGAGCACAAAGCGUCUGCUUUCCCCAUCUGCCUCUGCAAGUGAAUCAGUUUCUCCUCUUUCUAAGCGAAGCAGGCCUUCUUUCAGGAUCCUGAGCAGCAAUGCACUCAGAGGAAACAAGGGUUCAGUCAGUAAAGAUGAAUCAGAGGGCAGCGCUGCAGCAGAUUCAGACAACACAAAUCACCCUCCGCCUGCCAAGCUGCUGCAAGACUGGGCCCGAACGCCACUUCCCCACGUUUGCCCCCACUGUGGCAAGACGUUCACCCGGCGCAUCUUCCUUCGCACACACGUCUACAGCCACACUGGAGAAAAGCUCUUCACAUGCAAGGUUUGCUCAAAGUCGUUCACCAACUCCCAGAGCCUGUUGCGUCACAGUAUGAGCCACACGGGCAACAAGCCCUUCAGCUGCGAUGAUUGUGGCAAAAACUUCUCCCAAGCAGCUACCCUGAAGAGACACCAACGCAUUCACACGUCAACGGAGCCUCGGCGCAAGCGUGGACGCAAACCGGUCUGUGCUUUGGACAGUGAGGCCCCUCUCUACCCGUGUCCUAACUGUCCUUCACGAUUCAACACUGUGGAUCAGCUUAACCAUCACAAGUUGCUCCACACCAGCCACCCGUUCCCUUGUCCAGAAUGUGGAGAGGCCUUCAAACGUAGGAAAGAUCUCGACCUUCACUCCCUCGUGCAUCAAGACAAGCAGCCAGCGACGUGUCCUCAUUGUUCAUCCCAGUUUAUCAACCAGUCAGUGCUGGAAAUCCACCUGCAGCGUUGUCCUACCACAGACGAGGAGAAGAAUGCCGGCCGUGGUCGGGGACAGGGUCGAGGACGCUCCACUGGACAGAUUGAAUGUGACCUUUGCGGCCACCGUUGCAUGACCCAGGAGGGCCUUGACCUCCAUCGGUUAUCCCACACGGGACAGACACCUCUCAAAUGCCCAGUGAGGCCUUGCCGUCGCCGAUUCACCUGCAACAGUUCCCUGGAGGAGCACGUGCUGGCGCAUUUCCAAGGAAAGCUCAGCAAGUCCAAAAACAGACCCCGCUUCCGCUGUCAGAUUUGCCACAAGGAAUUUGCCUACAAUUCCACCUUCAGUGUUCACAUGAGGACACACACUGAUGAGAGGCCCUUUGAGUGUGCCACAUGUGGCAAGCGUUUUCGCCAGCUGCCCCAUCUGCAGGACCACGAGCGCAUCCACAGCGGCGCGCGACCUUUCUGCUGCUGGAUCUGCGGCAAGAGCUUCAGCGUGGCCGCCCGUCUCACCGAGCACGCCCGCACCCACAGCGGCGAGAAGCCCUACCCCUGCCCAAACUGUCCUGCCGCCUUCCGCUCUCGUUCCAACCUGGACAAACACAUCCGGCUACACGGAGAUCUGCUUCCGGAGACCACCGAGCACGUGGUUAGCGCAGCCGACGUCGCCCAAGUUCAGAAGGUGCUGGAGGGGGCCAAGGCGCUGUCUUCUCUGGCCGCCACAGGUGAGGUUGAAGCUGGCACCGUGCAGACCAUCUACGUACUGCAGGGACCUGAAGGUAGCACAGAGACCGUGAUGAUCCCGUCCGAUCAGCUGGGUGUCAUGGAGGAAAACUCGCAGGUCGUCAUCCUGCCCUCCUCCGUUCUGGGAGGAGAAAUCACCAUGGUGGAGACGAGCCAGUCGCCACAGCAUGCCAUUGAGUUCAUUGUGGAGGAGACGGUGUGAAAGCAAAGGAGACACGAGCACUGGGACACCUUUGGUUCUGAAAUUAUUAUUAUAAUUAUAGAGUGCUGUUCGGUUGAAAUGUUUGAAAAACUAUAGUUAUUAUCUCAUAUGUAUAUAGUUUGGUAAAUGUUCAAGCCAGAAAUAAACCUACUCCUGCAUUGAGUAGUAGAUUACCAUUUAAUACCAUUGUUGAAGUAGUGAAAAUUAAUUACUUAAAGUAAGGUUAAUACAAAUAGGAAAGCUUCAGGAAAGAACCUUAAAUUAAUCCUUUAAAUUAUUUAAAAAACAGAUUGUGAACAAAUUGGUCCCUGAUCGUAUACAAGGGUGUAUUUACAGCCCCUAUUUAUUAGGGCAAGACACAGUCGCCUGUGAAAUGUUCUCUGCUUUCUUUAUAAUAAAACGCUUCAGUUUUCA